AAGUCGAACAUAGAAGGUAGACUUUUAGAAGAAGGUUUCUGAAAUCACAGUGUUCAUUCAAAAAUAAAAUAGUUUUUAUUUGUAAUUUAAUAUUGUUAAUAUUUUUCAUUGUUUAUAAUUUUUAUGCCAUAAAUGUAUAUCCACGCGUUACAUUCAAACCUUGAGAGAAAUGUCAACAUCAUAAAACAUUCAUUGCAUUAAGAUUUUCUGGCUAUCACAAACUUUCGACACUGGCGAUAUUAUUUCUUAUAUAAGUAAUUUGGUAGUUAUGCACGAAUGUAGCAAAUGAUAGAAUUUCACCAAGUCUGACAUCUCAGAAGUUUUGUAUUAUGACUUCGUAAUCAUCAGCAGAAGGAGAAAAUGUGGAUGUGCAGUGGGAAAUGACAAAGAAAAAUUUCAAGAAAGUUUUUCUGUCUUCCAUACCACAGUAUUUUUUUGUCUUGUGUUGUAAGUGGGUGGGGUUUGCAAGUGGGUAGAGUGGUGUAAGUGGGUAGGGCGGUGUAACUGGACAGGGUAUUGUAAGAAGGUAGAGUGGCGUAAGUAGGUAGGGCGGUGGAAGGGAAUGGGGUGUUGUAACUGGAUAGGGUGGUGUAAGUGGGUAGGAGGGUUAAGUAGGUAGGGCAGUGUAACUGGACUGGGUGUUGUAAGUGCGUAGGGCGUUGCAACUGGGUAGGGUGAUUUAAGUGGUUAGAAAGGUGUAAGUGUGUAGGGUGUUGUAAGUGGGUAGGAUGGUGUGUGUGAGUGGAUAGGGUAAUGUAAGUGAGUAGGGUGGGGUCAGUGGGUAGAGCGGUGUAGCUGGAUAGGACGGUGUAAGCGGAUAGAGUGGUGUAAGUGGGUAGGCGCUGUAAGUGAGUAGGGUGGUGUAAGUGGGUAGGGUGUUGUAAGUGGGUAGGGUGAGGUCACUGGGUAGGGAGGUGUAACUGGAUAGGAUGGUGUAAGUGGGUAGGACAGUGUAAGUGGGUAGGGCAGUGUAAGUGGGUUGGGCAGUGCAGGUGGGUAGGGCGGUGUAAGUGGGUAGAGCGGUGUAACUGGAUAGGGUGGUGUAAGUGGAUAGGGUGGUGUAAGUAGGAAGGGUGUUGUAAGUGGGCAGGUUGGUGUAAGUGGGAAGGGUGUGUAAGUGGGUAGGGUGUGUAAGUGGGUAGGGUGGAAACGUAUUUAAGUGUAAUGCUUGUUUUAAUUUGAUUUUGUGUCCUUUUUUUAUUUUGUUUUAACUUACCACCAAAAUAGCUCCUACUUCAAAAACCAAAACGUCCUGAAACAGUCAAUCUGCGUUAUUGGUGGAAAAUUAGGGCGUAGUUUAUAACUUACCUGCGUGCGUUUUUUUUUAAAAAAUAAUAACCAACCCCUAACCCUCGACCCUCGAUCCUCUCCCAGUUAAUACCAAACACCUGUCUAAUGAUCUGAUUUUACAAACCACUAACUCCACCCUCCACCCUUUACAAGAGACCCGUUUCCAUGCCAGGCCAUAUUAAUUUUAAACUUUUUAUAUGUAUGUAUUUAUUUACUUAUUUAUUUAUUUAUAAUGAAUAUUUAUACAGGACACGACAUCGUCAGUAACAAAUUACUGCUAUUAAAAUGUGUCCUGUAAAUAUUAAUAAAAUUCGUAAAUAUACAAACAUGAUACAAAUGUAAAAUAUAUAAAAUAAAAAAAUGUAAAAAUCAGUGUGUCAUAACCUAUUAGGUAAACUCGAAAAUUAUUAAUCUAUAAUGAAUAUAAAAAUAUAUCAAGAUAUAUUCCUUUUAUAGAAAAACAAUAAAGACAUGAAAUAUUUGGAUGAAUUGUUAAAGAAAGAGAGAGUGGAUAAUAAAUAAAUAAAUAAAUAAGUAAAUAUGGCUGCAAGCAGUGCAAUAUUUAACAUUCAAGCUACAUCACCAUCUUUAUUAUCCCCAGUAUCAAGCUCAGAACAUUUUCAUAUCAGCCAAUCAGAAGUCUUCUUACCACGUGGUCUUGAUGACGAUAAAUUUUACAUAACAGGGGAUGACAAAGUAAAUGAAGAAGAAGAACAACAAAUUGCACCACCCGAGGAUGAGAACAAAAAAGUUCGAAUAGCUAAAGAUUUACUAAUAUAUAAAGCUUUUUACUUCUUGUUUUAUGGAGCUGUUGGUUCGCUAUUCCCUUACUUAGCUGUAUUUUACAAACAAUUAUACCUCUCAGCACAGCAAGUGGGCUUUCUUAUUGGUAUACGUCCCUUUAUACAGAUGGGAACUUGUCCAUUAUGGGGUGCACUAGCUGACACAUACAAUGUUAAGAAGGUUAUAUUGUUAAUGUCAAUAGGAGCUUGGUUAGCUACGAACUACAGCAUUUCAAUUGUUAGAGUGCCUCCUGAAACAGCGUGUAACGCUACAGGAGGAAUAAUAAAUUUUCCACAAGUAGGUCGAUUGGUUAAUCCAGUGGAUCACAUUCUGAAUAAUUCCGUGUCACUACCUGACUACGCGAGGUCUAGACCUAAGGAUCGAAAUAAUAAAUACAAAGUAGCUAAAUAUUCUGAGGCUGUUAGGAAAUUGCGACAUAAAAGAAAUACCAUUCCAGCUGAUGAUGUUUACAUGAUCACACUUACCCAUUUAAAAAGACAGAAAAGCAAGCUUGAUGAUACAUCGACAGUGAAUGCAAAUAAGCAACGUUUAAGAAGAUUUGUUGACGGAUUUCUAGCUGUUAUCUACUCAAGAACAUUGCGCAGUGUAAACACGAAGUCUGAAUUGUGGAGCAAAAAGAAUUAUUCUACGCAGAAUGGAAUAACACCUUUGGAAAGAAUGCUAGCAACUGAUGAAAUCGAGGAAGAGUUUGACUCGCUUAACACAGAUGAUGAAUAUCCAUGGCCGCUAGACAAUAUUGAAUCUCUACCAGCUAAUGAACCUUUGGAAUCUACACAAAAUGCAUUAAACAUUUUUAUUGUCUUGAUUAUUAUCACAAUAAUUGGAACCGUGCUCGCUUCACCAGCUGCCACUUUAGCUGACACUGCAACAUUAGAAAAAUUAGGAGAUCGAACCUAUCAAUACGGCUACCAAAGAUUGUGGGGAGCUUUCGGUUGGGGUGUAUGUGCAUUUGUUGUUGGUGCAGUAGUUAGCAGCAUACAAAUUGAGGAAUGCAAAGAAGGUCGCCAUGUUGAUUAUAUUUUAAGUUUUUACGUUUACGCAAUUAUGAUGGCACUAGCGUUUAUAUGUGCAGCUUUUUUCAGUUUUAAACCCGUGGAAAGCAACGCCGACUAUACGGAGUCGUUAUGGGAAGCUAUCAAAAUGAUCACCGACUCUCAGCACAUAUGCUUCGGAUUGACUUUAUUAACUUCUGGCUCAGCAAUGGGCUUUGUUCAUACCUUCUUGUUUUGGCAUUUACACGACCUUGGCGGAACUCAGUUUUUAUUUAGUGUGAUAUCGGCGGUUCAGUGUCUCUCUGAAGUUAUAACGUAUAUGCUCUCCAGUUACUUGAUACUUAAAAUCGGAUGUGAAAACGUAUUAUAUAUCGGAUUAUUCUCCAACGUUUUACGCUUACUGGCGUAUUCCAUAAUAACGCAACCCGUUCUUUCGAUAGGACUAGAAAUUUUACAAGGUGUAUCUUCUGCGUCUAUAUGGACAGCAUCUAUAUGUUAUAUUGGGCUAAUUCCUGGAACGCCGGUUACAUUACAAGCAUUGCUUCAUGGUAUAUACUGGGGAUUAGGCCACGGUGGUGGAGGAAUACUUGGAGGAGUGAUGGUGACUUACAUAGGUUCCAACGCUUCGUUUAUUAUUUACGCUGUGAUUUGCUUGAUAAACUUUAUGAUAUUAGUUGGUAUGAAGUAUCGGAGCAAACUCUUGGAGCUGUUAUGCAAUUAUACUUAUGUAGAAAACAUUCCAGCUGGAACUUAUAUUUUGACGACGAUGUCUCAAAGACAACCAUCUGACGUGGAAAGUCAAAUGGAAUGAUUUGAAAAAGUAAUAAUAACGAGUCGGAAAGAUUAUAUAUUGUUGAAGAACUACUUUGUUCAUCACUAACAUACUGCCUGGCAGUGAGCGGGAUUCGAUCCGCGGUCCCCAGAACUGGGAGCCGCAGACGAACCCACUACACUACGUGCGGCAAUAUGUUAGCAAUGAACUCAGAUAGUUUAUCCGGAUGGUGUGUAUACGUAGGUGAAUAUUCACCUAUGGAAAGAUAGUCUUAUUAUUGCCUUAAUUAAAAGGUGGUCAUUUUGGGAACGUAGAAUUUUAAUGGGAAAAAAGAUCAUUAACGUUCUACGUAACAAGACGACUAAAAAAGACCAACGAAAAGAAAAACAGGUUUGGAAAAAAACUUUUCCAGGAGUUGGUCCAUUUUUGUAAAUUUCCAUGAGUUUCAAGGAUUUUUUAGUAGCAGCUGCCACCUCGUAAUUGGCUUUAUUUUGGUGUUUAUACAAACUUAAAUACCGACUAAAAAUAUGAAUAAAUGUGCUGCCCGUGAAAUUAAAUCCGCGCAAACUGUCAAAAAACAAUAUGUGAUAAGUUUGCUUGCAUCAUUUGAGAGCAGCGAUAUACAAAAUAACCAAAAAGGACUAACACAGAGAAAUAUUCUGCUAAGGUAAUUUAAAGGCUACUUUCGAUUAAAAUGUUCUUUGCCGCACUUCCAACGUUCAGUAUCUGGGUACGCGAAUUAGAACUUUUUCGGGCCGCAGAGCCAGUAUUUUGACAGCUUAAAGUAUAGACUUUAUCAGCCAAUUAAAAUUCCAAAAAACCCUGCCAUCUUUAAUGGAAUAGAAAUUAAACAUAUUAAGCGCCGACGUUCAAACGUGAGCUGCGGCCAUGAACGCUUCAAUGAAAACAGCCUAAAAGCAUCCAAAUAAUAAUAGAAUACAGAUUGUCGGUAUUGUCAGUAUUAUUCGUUGUUUUUAAGAUGCAAUACAACAAUCAUAAAAACAUUAAAUUAAUACAAUAUAAAAAGAGCAUUUAAAAAUCAGCAAUGUCUCUUUAUAUAAAUAAGGAAAUUUCAGAAUAUUCUUACGCUUUAAUAAAGCAAUACGUUACCACGUCAACUUUUAACGACGAUGUUGUUUUCAACAAGGACAACGUCAACUUUCAACAACGACAAAACAUACUUUUGACAAGUGUUGGUUUUCAUGGAGAAAAACGAUAAAUUUCUACGACGAUAGCGA